AUGGGGUUCAUUUCAAACAUCAAUAAUGAGCUUCUUUCUAAGGUAGCAACCAAUAAUGGACAUGGAGAAAACUCAGCUUAUUUUGAUGGAUGGAAAGCUUAUGAAAUUGAUCCUUUCCAUCCAACACAAAAUCCUAAUGGGGUUAUUCAAAUGGGUCUUGCAGAAAAUCAGCUUUGCUUUGAUUUAAUUCAAGAAUGGGUGGUGAACAAUAAAAAAUCCUCCAUUUGCACAGCUGGAGGCUGUGAAGAAUUCAAGGAAAUUGCAAUUUAUCAAGACUAUCAUGGUUUGCCAGAAUUUCGAAGGGCAGUUGCAAGGUUCAUGUCAAAAGUGAGAGGAGACAAAAUCAAAUUUGAUGAAGAACGUAUAGUAAUGAGUGGAGGGGCAACUGGGGCUCAUGAAUUACUUGCCUUUUGCUUGGCUGAUCCUGGAGAGGCUUUUCUUGUUCCUACUCCCUAUUAUCCUGGAUUUGAUAGAGAUUUGAGUUGGAGAACCGGUGUACAACUUUUUCCAAUCAUUUGUGAAAGCUCCAACAAUUUCAAAGUCACAAAAAAAGCCUUAGAAGAUGCAUACAACAAAGCUCAAGAAUCCAAUAUCACAAUAAAAGGCUUACUUUUAAACAAUCCAUCAAAUCCAUUAGGCACAAUUUUAGACAUGGAAACAUUAAAAGAUACAAUAAGGUUCAUCAACGAUAAAAAUAUACACCUCGUAUGCGACGAAAUUUACGCGGCCACGGUCUUCAACGAGCCCAAAUUCAUCAGUAUUUCCGAAGUUAUAAUAAGCGAAAAUGUUCAAUGCAACCUCGAUUUAAUACACAUCGUGUAUAGUCUAUCGAAGGAUUUAGGGUUUCCCGGAUUUAGAGUCGGAAUUAUUUACUCGUACAAUGAUGUUGUAACAAAAUGUGCUAGAAAAAUGUCGAGUUUUGGGCUCGUAUCGACGCAAACGCAGUAUUUAAUAUCUAACAUGUUGUUAGAUGAUACGUUUAUCGAGAAAUUCGUUGUCGAGAGUUGUGAAAGGUUGGAGAAAAGGCAUGGGGUGUUUACUAAGGGACUUGAAAAUAUUGGAAUUAACACGUUGGAGAGUAACGCUGGGCUUUUUUGUUGGAUGGAUUUGAGAAGUUUACUUAAGGAAAAUACAUUUGAAAGUGAAAUUGAACUAUGGAGAAUGAUUAUUAAUGAUGUUAAACUUAAUGUUUCACCAGGUUGUUCUUUUCAUUGUUGUGAGCCUGGUUGGUUUAGGGUUUGUUUUGCUAGUAUGGAUGAUGAUACUAUGAGGAUUGCAUUAAGGAGGAUUGAGAUUUUUGUGGUUCAAUAUAAAGGGAUUAAUAAUAUUAUUGAAGAAGGAAUCGAGAAUUCUCUUCCUAUCGCACCUGGUCCAGUAUCUCUUACGUCGAUAUCUAAUAGCAAUGAAGAGGGAGAAGCUCGAUAG